AUGUCCAUUGCUCAAACAAUGAUGAUGCAUCAAGCCAUCCAUUGGCCUGAUGUCGCAACCACCACCACUUUCUGGACCCUUGCAGUGGAUCAUGCCGUCUUCCUCUACAACCACAUGCCCAACCAAUCAUCUGGUCUCUCACCACACAAUCUGCUUACCAAAACCCGUUGGAAACAAUCACAACUUGCCGAUAUUCAAGUUUGGGGAUGCCCAGUGUAUGUCUUGGACAAACAGAUGCAAGAUGGAAAGAAACUUCCUCGGUGGAAGCCUUAA